UAAUCCCAGCAUGCAACGCAAAAUGCGUCCGGCCAUUCUGAUGAUCAGGAAGAUGGCAGGCUCUGGGGUGGAGCCACAGAUCCUUGUACAGUACUUAGUAUUACGAAAGGAUCUAUCUCAGGCUCCUUUUUCCUGGCCCACGGGCGCAUUGGUAGCGCAGGCUUGUCACGCCGCCACAGCAGCCUUGCACCUUCAUCGAGACCAUCCGCACACAGCAGCUUAUCUCCGGGAGCUGGGGCGCAUGCGCAAGGUGGUUCUCGAGGCUGCCGAUGAGACCACCUUGAAGGAGCUGGCUGAGACCCUGCAGCAGAAGAACGUUGAUCACACACUGUGGCUGGAGCAGCCAGAGAAUAUUGCCACUUGCAUUGCCCUGAGGCCAUACCCCAAGGAAGAAGUCAGCCAGUAUUUGAAGAAGUUCCGAUUGUUCAAGUGACUGAUGUUCUGGUAGAAGAGAAUGUCAGCUGGGUUUGGGGAGCCAAAUGGCCUACAUCCUGAUGCAUUAUGGAUUCCUUUCAAUGUUCAUGUACUCUUCCCUUCUAAUUAGGGUGGUUUCUUGAGAACCAGCACAAAUUGAAAUUAAAGCCCUUAUUAGUAAGCACCUGCUACUAUCAUCAUUAUCAUCAUCGCCACCAAGUUCAAGUGAGGAGAGUUGAUAAGCACCAGUAGUAUCUGUGGGUCAUUGCUGAAGCACAAUAUAUAUAUAUAUAUAUAUAUAUAUAUAUAUAUAUAUAUAUAUAUAUAUAUAUAUAUAUAUAUAUUGGUUAGGAAUAAUGGACUUCACUCAGGUUUAAAAUGUUGCCUUUGGGUUCCUUACCUCCCCUGCCCCUUCCCUGCUCCCUAUUUCCCUCUCCUUUCCUUGCUGCCCUGUCACCAGCCUCUCAUCUCUCGCUCAAUAGUAGAAUGCUUCUAGUCUU